CAGCAGCAAUGGGAGGCCAUACAGCACCCUAUGACAAAAUGGAACCCACCAGCAGUGUGAGGAGACCUGAAAGUGGCACAUGGCAGAGUGUGGCGAUGGAGACAGCAGCAAUGGGAGGCCGUACAGGGACCCAUGACACACUCUGGACCUGGCAGCAGCAUGAGGAGGCGGUACAGGGGCCCAUGACAGAUUACGGGCCUGGCAGCAGCAUGAGGAGUCGGCGGUACAGGGGCCCAUGGCAGAGUGGCGGAGCGUAAGCAGCUAAAAAUUGAAGGCCAUACAGAGGCCUAUGUUAAAAAGUCCCCCCAGCAGCAGCGUGGGGAGACGACUAUCAAGAGUCCAAUGGCAGAGUGGCGGAGCAGAAGCAGCUUCAAUUGAAGGCCAUACACAGGCCUAG